AUAACUGCUGUAGUGAUGUGGAUCUGUAUUUUCUCUCGUUUCCCAGUUUAUGCAGAUGGCAGUAUAUGUUUAGACAUCCUACAGAACCGCUGGAGCCCCACAUACGAUGUGUCGUCCAUACUCACCUCCAUCCAGUCGUUGCUGGACGAGCCAAACCCCAACAGCCCGGCCAACAGUCAGGCCGCACAGCUCUAUCAGGAAAACAAGAGGGAGUACGAGAAGAGGGUGACGGCCAUCGUAGAGCAGAGCUGGGUGGACGUCUGAGCUGCUCUCGCUCUCCUCUCCCUCCCCCCCACUACCAUCUCUUCAUCACCUCCUUCAUUUUUGCUUCAUCAAGAGAAAAAACCGCAACUAUAUCAGAAGAACUCAAGUGCCACCCUUAAAGAAAUAAUAGGAAAACAACAUCCAGAGAACAACCAAACCAGAAUGGACAUACACUUGCUUGCCAAUACAUUUUAGGAAAAACAAGGGCGGGGAAAUCAAUCUUAUAUUUGUCUUUUCUUGUCCUUAAUUUUACUUUUUUUUAUUGCAUGAUGUGAAUUAAGUUAUUGCUAACAGAAUUUGUAAUAUAUCUUUGUUUGGUUGGAUUGAUGCUGUUUGAGUUUUACAGAUUGUUUUUCCCCCUUAUUUUUGAUUUCCCUUUUUUGUGAUGUUUGCUGGUGUGCACACAAUUUGGCUUGGGCAUGUUGAUGAACAAAUCUGCAUCAUUUGGAAAAAGAACAACCCCACAAAUGGCCUUCAGAGUGGGUAUCAUUGUUAUUCUCUAAGUCAGCCUCAGUUGCAGCUUUAAAGAGAUCUAUCCGCAGCAUAUCUCUGUUAUUUUAAGAGACACCAAAGGUCUGGGCUUUCAGACGUCACAGGCUGCAGCAGCGCCAACUCUCCCUGGCACCGAUGAAUCAUCACUCCCUGGAUAGCUGAGCUUUUAUUCCAAUCAUUUCUGCUCUGGGGUAGAAGAGUGUUAGAGAAGGAGAACGUUAAUAUUAACACAAAGAUGGCACAGAGUUGAACUAGGGCUGUGGAGAACAGUCAGUUUAAAGGAAAUAAUGGAUGUGUUGUAAUCAACACUGCAUUUACUACAAGUGUCUUUCAUUGUGAAAUGUUAUCAAAGUAUUUGGGCAGAGGGGCCUUUGAGCUCAGAAGUGCUUGUACCUAAGGAUUGACUUGAAUGGUGGUGCUUUAUCCUUUGUAUUAUGGUGCAUCGAGGCCUAAUGGGGCUUGAGCGACAUUAGUAGCAAGCUGUGAUUACAGGCAAGUAGAAUCAGCAUGAAGUUGGUAAAAGGAAUAUCAUUUAUCUCUACAAUAUCUGUUUUACUGUGCUCAUCUUUUCUAGUACACCUCUAUCACUGGGGGUUCAUCUGCCGAAAUGUCUUUGAAAUGCUUUGUUGCCUGCGACGUGUCAGUCAUCCUUUUCUCAAAAAUGACAGCUGACAAAUUAACAAGUGAGCUAGAUCAAAAAAGACACUUGUGUAUAUCCCGGUUUAACAGUGUGAUAUCAACUGUUCCCCCAACGGCUCAUUGUUUUCAUGCCUGCAUUUGUCUCCUAUUUUUUUAUUUGUAUGCGAUACCCAAUAAAGAGACAGCUUUAGUAUAAAGUCAUGACUUAACCCCGCCCAGCUAAAACACCCACAGAAGACAGCUAACAAACCAUUUUCUCUUUUCUGACAGUAUAAAGUCAUAUUGUGGCUAGAAAAAUGAUUUCACUUAAAAUGAGAAGGGAUAUGUUAUAAAGAUUGUGUGAAUUAAUCAAAUGUAUAGUUGACAAUAUGCUGUAUAAACAUAAAACACAUUUUUCAGAGUUUGA